AUGUCAGAAACCAACACGGCGGCCACGACUAAACCACAAGUCGCCCUUCGACCCAUACCCGCCAAUCACUCUGUUGCUUGUGCCCUCGCAACCCUCCACAACGCCGCUUUUGCCACCGACGACUUUCUCGAAUUGAUGUACGGCCCUCUCGACGAAGAAGUCGAUUCCUUUGCGUCGGACAUAGUUAAUAUCAUGAACGGAGAUCUGACAGCGCGGUUCACCCAGGCCGUCAUAAUGAAUCCAGACUCGCAGUCAGGUUCCGACACUGACCCAGGGACAGAACACGAAACAUUGGCCGGCUGGGCCUGGUGGAACAUCUACCCCGACAAGCAGAGUUACCUGGAGGCCGCAAAGGAAGACAAAACGAGGGCGACUAAGGUGCCGAGCACGGCAUUGAACCCAGCUGCGUAUCUCGAUUGGAAGGCGGAGGUUAUAAAGAGGAGGGAGAGAUGGAUUGAGAACAGCCCUAACUUGGGCAAGAAUGCGGAGUCUAGUGAGGGAGGGGGUGGAGUGGCGAUCCUCCAAGUCCUCGUCGUCCAUCCGCACUACCAAAACCGCGGCAUCGGAACGCAACUCCUAAGACACGGUCUCAAAGAGGUGGAACAACGCAAGAUUCCCGCCUGGCUAGAGGCGUCGGAUGAAGGGCUUCAUGUAUACACGAAAUGUGGGUUUCGCGAUGUGCAGGAUGAGAUUGUAAUUGAUAUGACAAAUUACGGGAGAGAGGGGUUCAGGAACGGGAUUUGUAUGUUGAGAGAUGCUUGA